AUGGGCCUGUCAACCCGCUCAACACUCUCUUUAGUGCUCGCACUCGGCACCUUCGCCCCAGUCGUCUCGUCUUCUUGCAUUCCAGACGCCCCGAGCAACUUGCUGGCAGACCCGGCCAUCCUGCAACACCCGGCAGUCACGGCAGCAUUCGAAGAGGUCGAACGCACCCUCUCGAGUCUUUUCACUGGCAGCACACGUGACGGCUUCAGUUUCGCUAUUAUCCACGCCUCGAGCCCCGAAAAAGCAUAUGCCUUCAAUCAUGGGGUGCUCAAAAUGAACGAGACGUCUGCCAACGACACUUCUAUAGUAGCACAGGUCGACAGUGACUCGAUCUUUCGGGUUGCCUCCAUCUCGAAAAACAUCGCUGCUUUGUCGGCAUUGGUCGUGGAGAACGAGAGCAGGGCCCACGCCGCUUUCCCCCCCUUGACCCUAGACACGCCUGUCCGUCAUGCGCUUCCCGAAUUUGGAUUGCCAGAAAAAGACUGGCAAAACGGUGGCAGCGAGAUCACUCUGUCGAUGCUCGCAACCCAUAGCUCGGGCAUUCCUAGAGAGGGCUAUGUGACAGACUUUAACAUGGUGAGAGGGCUUGCUAAAGCCGAUGCCGAGACCAUUGGUGCUGAGUGGGCUGGAGUGAGCCCCAGCCAAGUCAUCGAAUCCGUCAAGCAACGCAACUUGAUGUUCGCUCCUGGGCAGCGAGCCGCAUAUUCAAAUGCCGGCUCCUGUAUCCUCGCUUACGCUGCAGCGAACUACCACAACCAGCUGGCAGGCACAAACCAGACAUGGACGGAGUACGCCACAUCCAGCAUCCUAGACCAUCUAAACAUGACGCAUUCGUUCUUCGGUGCCAUCCCGGACGCCCUGAUCCCAAACAUAGGCGUCCCCGGUGGUCCCAACUGGGUCGACCUGGUCAUCGGCCCCGGCUACGACCCAGCCGGAGGCAUGUGGAGCUCCGCCAACGACCUAUCCACCUACCUCCACCGCAUCUGGCUCGCCCCCACCCCCGCCCUCAUCACCCCCACCCAACGCCGCACCUCCCUGCAGCCGCGCCUCGCCCUCCCCGACGGCAAGCAGCUCGUCGGCUUCGGCUGGGAAAUCAUCGCCGCCACCGACGGCGCCACCAACAAGACCUACGCCAUCUACGGCAAGUCCGGCGACGCCGGCGGCUCCCACGCCUGGCUCGACGCCGUCCCCAACCUCGGCUACGGCAUCGUCGCGCUGUCCCAGGAGAGCCAGGCCGCCGACGGUGGCGACUACGCGCGCGUCGUGCCGACGGCGGUGCGCGACGCCGUGCAUGCGGUGUUGCUGCCGGCGUUUGCGGAGGCGCUGGGGGGCAGCUUGCGGGGGAGGUAUGCGGGGAGGUACGCUGGCGCGCGGGAUGGCGGCGCGAUUGCGGAUGAGGUGGGAGGAGGAGUCGGCGGCGCGAAUGCGAGUCGGGCGGAGUCGUUCGCCCGGCUGGAGGUCGAGGAGUCGGGGGCGCUGUUCGUGCGCGAGCUGGUCGUCAAUGGCACCAGCGCGUGGGAGGGCCUGGACGCGCUGGGGUGGACGGCCGAGAGCAAGGCGCGGUACUUUUCGACGCCGAGGGGGGUGAGCUUGCAUCCGGCCGAGGGCGCGGGCGAGGCGGCGCAGUUUGGCGGGGGUGGUGUCGCGCAGGUGUGGAGGGUCAUCCCGGAGUCGGAGACGUGCGACUGGUUUGAUUUUGAUGGGUAUACCGACCAGAGCGGAUGGCCGCUUAGCAAGAUUGUGACGGUCGAGACGGAGCGGGGCGUGGAGCUGCAUUAUCCUCCGUACGAUAUCGUGCUCACCAGACAGUGA